AAUGAGCGAGGCCUUUGACUGUGCAAAAUGUGGUGAAUCCUUGUAUGGCCGCAAGUACAUCCAGACAGACGGUGGCCCCCACUGCGUGCCCUGCUAUGACAACACCUUUGCCAACACCUGCGCAGAGUGCCAACAGCUUAUCGGGCAUGACUCAAGGGAGCUGUUCUAUGAAGACCGCCACUUCCACGAGGGCUGCUUCCGCUGCUGCCGCUGCCAGCGCUCCCUAGCCGAUGAGCCCUUCACCUGCCAGGACAACGAGCUGCUCUGCAAUGACUGCUACUGCAGUGCCUUUUCCUCACAGUGCUCUGCCUGUGGGGAGACUGUCAUGCCUGGGUCCCGAAAGCUGGAGUAUGGAGGCCAGACAUGGCAUGAGCACUGCUUCCUGUGCAGCGGCUGUGAGCAGCCACUGGGCUCCCGUUCUUUUGUGCCUGACAAGGGUGGUCACUACUGCGUGCCCUGCUACGAGAACAAGUUUGCGCCUCGCUGUGCCCGCUGCAGCAAGACGCUGACACAGGGAGGCGUGACAUACCGUGACCAGCCCUGGCAUAGAGAAUGCUUGGUGUGCACCGGGUGCCAGACCCCCCUGGCAGGGCAGCAGUUCACCUCCCGGGAUGAUGAUCCCUACUGUGUGGCCUGUUUUGGUGAACUCUUUGCACCCAAGUGUAGCAGCUGCAAGUGCCCCAUCACAGGACUUGGUGGGGGCAAGUAUGUGUCCUUUGAAGACCGACACUGGCACCACAGCUGCUUCUCCUGUGCCCGCUGCUCCACCUCCCUGGUGGGCCAAGGCUUCGUGCCCGACGGAGAUCAAGUGCUGUGCCAGGGCUGUAGCCAGGCAGGGCCCUGAGACAGGGCUCCUGGGCCCAGGC